AUGAUGUCGACAAAUAGUAGACGAAAGCGUUGUGACAUUCCAGCCAAUAUCAUGAUUGGCUUUCUCGGUGCCGGCCGCAUGGCCCAGGCGAUGGCACGAGGUCUCAUUUCAGGAGGAGUGGUGCAACCUUCCAAAAUAUGGGCCAGUGACCCAGACCCAACAGUGCUGAAAUUCAUUCAGUGUUUAGGAGUGAAUACAACAUCAAAGAAUGAAGAAGUUGUUAAGAAUACUCAAGUGGUUGUGAUUGCUGUCAAACCAAAUGUUGUAUCAUCAUUGCUGAAGGAAGUGUCACCAUUUAUCACAAAGGACAAUUUGGUUGUGUCCAUUGCUGCAGGCAUUCGUAUUUCUGUCAUUGAAGAACUUCUUCCCCAUGCGUCUCGUGUUAUCCGAGUGAUGCCAAAUACUCCUGCCUUGGUGCAAGCUGGGGCAGCAGUUCUGGCCCCUGGGUCAGCCAUUCUUAAAGGUGACAAUGAUCUUGUAGCAGAACUUUUAAGCAGUGUUGGUAUUUGUGAAGAGGGAACAGAAGCCAAUCUUGAUGCAGUAACAGGAGUUAGUGGAAGCGGACCGGCCUAUGCUUUUGCAGCUAUCGAGGCUCUGUCUGAUGGGGGAGUUAAGAUGGGUCUACCCCGUGCACUUUCUACAAAGUUAGCUGCACAAACUUUGUUGGGUGCAGCUAAAAUGGUACUAGAAACAGGCAAACACCCCGGCCAAUUGAAAGAUGAAGUUUGUUCUCCUGGCGGUACAACAAUCCAUGCCAUGCACACACUAGAAAAGGCAGGAUUCCGAUCAGCCCUGAUUGAUGCUGUUGAGGCAGCCACCAAACAUUCUCAAUUCCUUGGAAAGUUAGGGUGA